AUGGAAGCAGUUAUUCGGGAAGCCCCAAUUGGGCAGUUGGUCCGGUUUCUGACCAACAAUAAAUACCUUCAAUAUCCGGAAGAGAAGCCUGGCUUCGAACUCCCUGAGCCAUGGAUUCAAAUAAUGCAGGGCCUUGAGGCUUCCAAGAGCCAUACCGAAAAUCCCGAGUCCCGAGACCAAAGACAAAACUCCGAUCAAAGUGAUGCUAUCAGUCAUACCUCGACGUUACAAGAGGAUUGUGAGAUGAAUGCAGGAGAUCUUGAGAAAAUCAAGUCCAUUCCAAUCACCCCCAAGAAGACAAAAGAUGGCGCGAUUCUGGUGGAUUGGUACUAUACCGACGACGCCGAGAAUCCCCAUAAUUGGUCCAAUUUGAAGCGCGGACUGCUCGCGACCAUUAUUUGUCUAUACACGUUUGUCGUCUAUACAACGUCGGCUAUCUACACUGCGUCCGAGCAGGGUAUCAUGAAAGAAUUUGGGGUCAGCGAGGUGGUUGUCACAUUGGGUCUCUCGCUAUAUGUAUUGGGCUAUGGCACCGGGCCGUUGAUUUUCUCACCGUUGAGUGAGAUCCCCAUCAUUGGACGGAACCCAGUGUACAUAAUCACCAUGUUCCUCUUUGUCAUCAUCUCUAUCCCGACAGCUUUUGUUGGCAACUUCCCUGGUCUAAUAGUCCUGCGAUUCCUUCAAGGAUUCUUUGGCUCUCCGUGCCUCGCAUCGGGAGGUGCCUCGAUUGGUGAUAUGUACAGCCUGAACGCUCUGCCAUACGCUAUGAUGGCAUGGGUUGCCGCUGCAUACUGUGGACCUGCUCUGGGUCCUCUCCUCAGUGGAUUUGCUGUCCCUGCGGAAUCCUGGCGUUGGUCUCUCUUUGAGUCUAUCUGGGCCUCUGCCCCGGUCUUUAUUAUAAUGCUUGUUUUCCUCCCCGAGACCAGCACCCCAACCAUCCUGCUCCGACGUGCCCAGCGCCUUCGCAAAAUUUACAACAAUGAGCGCUUCAUGUCCCAGUCUGAGAUUGACCAGAAGAACAUGCGUGUCUCGGAUAUUGCCGUUGACGCUCUGAUCAAGCCCAUGGAGAUCACGAUCAAAGAUCCUGCCGUCCUCUUUGUCCAGAUCUACACCGCAAUCAUCUACGGCAUCUACUACUCAUUCUUCGAAGUCUUCCCCCUGGUCUAUCCUGUCGACUACCACAUGAAUCUCGGCCAAGUCGGCCUGGUCUUCCUUUGCAUCUUGGUAUCUUGCAUUUUAGGUGUGGGCAUCUACUUCUCCUACCUAUAUUUCUGGAUGAACCCUCGUAUUGCGCGCCUCGGGUGGCCGGUCCAAGAAUCCCGGUUGCUCCCCGCUCUUCCGGCUUCCUUCGGCCCCACAAUCGGCCUCUUCCUCUUCGCCUGGACGGCCCGAGCCUCCAUCCACUGGAUUGUACCGACUAUCGGUAUCACCAUCUAUGGUGCAACCGUGUUCAUUGUCAUGCAGUGUAUUUUCGUCUAUAUACCUCUUUCUUACCCGAAAUACGCUGCCAGUCUGUUCGCAGCCAAUGAUUUCUUCCGGAGCGCACUGGCCUGUGGCAGUGUGAUGUUUGCCCACCCACUAUUUGCCAAUUUGGGUGUUGCGAGGGGCACCAGUCUUCUUGGUGGAUUGAGUGUCAUUGGUAUCAUUGGAAUUUGGCUACUUUACUUCUAUGGCUCGAGGCUUCGGGCUUUGAGUAAGUUUGCUAUUUCUGCGGAGGAAUGA